UUGGUGGACACAAAGGCUCUCUCGGUGUGGAUAGGAGGUGGUCUUCAUGGUGCUGGACUAGUUGGUGGACACAAAGGCUCUCUCGGUGUUGGACUAGGAGGUGGUCUUCACGGUGCUGGACUAGGAGGUGGUCUUCAUGGUGCUGGACUAGUUGGUGGACACAAAGGCUCUCUUGGUGUUGGACUAGGAGGUGGUCUUCACGGUGCUGGACUAGGAGGUGGUCUUCACGGUGCUGGACUAGGAGGUGGUCUUCAUGGUGCUGGACUAGGAAGUGGUCUUCACGGUGCAGGACUAGGAGGAGGUCUUAAAGGCUCUUUCGGGUCUGGACUUGGACUUGGUGGUUCAGCUGGUGUUCUGAAGGGAGGCUACGCCCCUCCAGUUUACGGAGCUGCCCACGGAGUUGCCACAGGUUACAGUGUAUUCAACUUGGGUGCUCCUUUGGUUGGAUAUGGCGGCGGCUCCGUACUGGGUCAUGGUGGCCUUGGAGUUGGUGGACUGGUAGGUGGCCAUGGUGGCAUUGGUGGUGGUGGGUUUCUGGGAUCUGCUCAUGCUCUGGGAGGACAGGGAAGCAUUGGUAACUUAUGGUAAAAUAGGUGGAUAUGGUGGUUAAACUGUCAUUUGUGGAUUCGAUUCUGAUGUCAUGGCUCAAUCGUGGUAGUUUAUUGUGUGGGAGAAGUUACAUGGUAAUACCUUAUUUAUACUGAUAUAAGAGUAUUUUAUGUUAUAAAUAUUAUUUCUAAUAUUGGUAAAUAAAUUAUUACAUAUAAAUAAUCUGUCUACGGACAUUAUUUAUUCCUUACGGAUGGCAUUCAAGCCUUUGCAAUAUCUCACAGAACUUUCGAAAUGAAGCCUUGUUAAAUUUCUAUGGUAUGUUCAUUUUCAUAAUCCAUUCUCCGCUAAGGCAUCUCCUGCUUUAUGUAUU